AUGGUUAUACCUGAGAGUUUUUAAUACAUUCUCAAGCAUGAUUAUCCUAGUCCCCAGAAAUUGUAUCUCUCAUACAAAAAGGCUUUGGAUGAAGAUUUACUUUUUUCUUUUCUACUAAAUAAAAAACAGUACUUGAAGUUUGCUGCUAAACAUUACACUUUAACUGAAGAGUAUCUAAUCAAAGAAAUAUUCAGCAUAUUUAAAGUAAAAAAUGAAGCUCAUAACAUCAAUGUUAUUAACAUGCUCGAAGUUUUUACUGCUUUAACAAUAUUAGCAGACUUUGGAUGUAAUGGAUUGGAAAAUAUAGCAUCUAAUAGUGAUUAGAUUGAGCAUAAAAUCAAUUUGCUGAUACUGCUUUUUACAUUUAGAGAACAGUAAAGUCUUAAUAUCUCUGAGGUAAUUAUUAUGGCUAAGACUUGCUUGAGUUGUAUGAAUAAAAUGUAUCCAGAAGCAGAAGUAUUUAAGAAUAAAUAAGUUCAAGAAGAGAUUAAAAAUCUAAUGAUUGAUCUUUUCCUUCAAAGAAUAGAGGAUACAAUUAGAGCUGAAAAGACUUAGUCAAGACAAAAUGCAAAUGAAAGAUAAAAGUAAAGUCAGAAAGUAGAGCCAAUGGUUGAAAGAGCAGCCAAUGUUGGACUUAUGAAAAAGUAUUCACCAGUUUCAGAAAUGGUUCCAUCAUCUGGAUUUGGAUCGCCAUUUGGCCAAUAACAGUAACAAAAGAAAAGAGGAUAUGACCCAGAACAUCAGCAUGAGACGCUUGAAGAAAAAAAAGACCGCCUAUUUAAAUGGAACUAAUACUAGAAUGUGAAACUGACACAAGAAUUUAUCAAAGAGCAACUUGUUGAGAAUUUGAAUAUUUUGAGGUUUGUCAACUUAUUUGAGACAUUCAAUCAAACUAUAAUGAUUUGGGGGUCUAAUGAGUCUUAUUAGCUUGGCUUACUUAUUAAGAAGGAUUUCGCUAAGUUUUACUCAAAAGAUUAAGACACCUAAGAGAGUCUUAAAAAGAAAUAGGAUCUUAUUUUACAGUAGAUUUUAGAUAUAAAAGCUCGUAAUCAGUAACAAUCUCAGAGUUCAGAAUUGUAAAAUCAUACAAAUUUACCUGACUCAAAGGAAAGCAUGAUAGAGAUUCAAGUCUUACUUUAACAGUGGUAGGAUACUUUAAUGAAUUAACAGACAAACAAUGAAAAUUUUACUCUCAAAAUAUCUCACUAGAAUUAUGAGAGAAAAAUCUUCUUUGAAAAACCUUAGCUUUUAAUGUCUUUUUUGAAUACCAGAAUUAUCUAAAUACAAGCAAAUGAAAGAUUUACAUUGAUCUUAAGUUAAUCUGGUAAAGUUUACUCACUAGGACAUGAUAUGAGAUUGGUAAAAUAGGAUCAUGAAUUUGGUAUUCCUAGAUUAUUAUAGAUCAAGCAACAAAUCGUAUCUGUAAAAUUAGGCCAUGAUCAUGCUCUACUUUUGGAUGAAAAUUCAAACCUAUACAGUUUUGGAUCUAAUAUGUAUGGAUAAUUAGGAAUUCAUGAUAAAGCAAUUUUGGAGUACUAAUAUCAUCCUUUAACAAGAAAGAAAUUAUUUUAUACAGACUAACCUUUGCCCGUCAAAUUUUUCAAUGAAGCUCUUAAUGAUAUCCAUAUAAAGCAAGUGGAGUGUGGAGAAUAGUUUUCUAUAAUUAUUGAUUAGUUGGGGAAUAUUUAUAGUUUUGGAAAGGCCUCUAAUGGUUAACUAGGUAUAAUCCUUCAAAAAGGCACUAUAAAGAAUGUUCUUAAAGAUGAUAAUGCAUUAUAUUCUAGAGCUAUUCAGAAACUAGAAACUCUAGACAAAAAUGAUUAAGUAGACCUUGUUAAAGUUGGUGGCUAGCAUGUUUAUGCUUUAACUAGAAAUAAGAAUCUAUACUUUUGGGGUUUUAAUUAAAAAGGCUUGAACUGUGAAAAUAACUCAGAGUAAAAUUACCAAUUGUUUAAUAGUAUUUAGGAUUUAAGAGACUCCUAAGAAAAUAUAAGGAAUGCAGAAUUACAACUUUUCAGAUAUAUACACAAGUCAUAAUCACACGAUAGCCAUAGGAAAUUCAAUUAUAUUGGAAUUUAUACUAGAAAAUCCAUCUGCAGGUAAAAUUUGAAAUUUUUAAUAGUAUCUAUGGCAGUUGUCUAAAUGCAUGCAAUUCAUGUAUAUGAGGAAAGUAAUUUUAAGAGCGUAAAGGAUAUAAAAGAUGUGCUAGAUUUAAGUUAAAAUGAGAAAGUAGGAUUUAUUAAUGACUUUGAUUUGCCUUACUGCUACACAAAGACAAAAUUCCCCAAACUCAAAAAGAAAAAGAAAGGUAAGAAGAAUGUUGAUGGAGAUGAUGACUCAGACGAAGAUGGUGAAGGAGAAGAAGAAGAUGGAAAAGAUGAUGAAGAGGAAGAAGAUGAAGAAGAUGAGGAAGGUUCCUAAAGAUCUGGAGACGAGAAUGAGGAUGAUGCUUAGGAUGGUAAUCAAAGGAGAGGUGAUGGAAGCGACGAUGAUGAUGAUGAAGAUGAUGAGGGUGAUGGAAAGAAAAAACCCAAAAAGAAAAAGAGGAAAAGCAAACAUAAUAAGAGAAAGAGUAGAAAGAAGAGAGGUUCUGAUGAUGAAGGUAAUGAGUCAGAUGUGGAGAAACCAAAAGAACUCUCUCCCAAAUAAGUUAGAGAAAAGGAGGUGCAGGUAUUUGUACAAACACUAAAUGUGAAGAAAGCUCAUUUCAAAGAAAUUGAACAAAAAUUUAAAGAAAUGCCUGUUGUAUGUGAAUUAGAUGAGGAAUAUGAAAUUACAUUAGAAGAUUAAGUGUCUAGAAGACCAAGUGAAAAUUAGGGUUCAAGCCAUGCUCUUCAAGUCAAUCCUAAAUAGGAACAAAGGAGAUCAAGCUUUGCAAAACCAAAAAAAAAAGAAACAGAAACUUCAGAUGAAGAAGAUCAGCCACCUAAAAAGGUCGCUAAAAAGUCUAUUAAAGAUAAAGAUAGUGAAUCAGAAAGCGAGGAGGAGGAGAAAGAUGAAAGCUCUAAAACUAGUAAAAAAGACAAGAAAAAAUCAAAGAAAAAGAAGAAGGGAGAUGAUGAUUCAGAUGGUUCAGAUGCCAACAGUUUAGAUAAAUCAAGUAAAGAUGGCUCUGACUAGAGUGAUGACGAUAGUGAAGAUUAAUCAGAUGGUAGUGAUGAAGAUGAAUCAGAUGAGGAUGAAAGUGAAUCACAAGAAGAAGAAUCUGAGGAAGAGGAUGAAUACAUUUAAAAAGAGAAGAGCUAUAACAAUCCAUCAGAACCUGAAAUGAAAAAACAUUUCAAUAAACUUGAUUGCAAAACAAUCUUCGAAAACAAGGUAUUAUUUGUGAACUUCUUAGCAGAUGACUGCUAUUAAUUCCUGAAGAAAAUGGUAUCACUAAUAGAACUUUACUGUACUCAACUGAAUAUAUUAAUCAUCAGUCUGCCUUAGAAUGCCACUUGCAUUGAUACAUAUUAUGCUUAACUGCUUUGUAAACUCUGCUAUUUUAAAGGUGGUGAGUUACAAAUAUUCUUCAUAAAAUAUGACGAUAAGACUGAGUUGAUAAAUAAGGUAUUUAAAAGAGAGCCUAAAAAGUUCACUUAGCAGUCUGAUGUUAAAAUUAGACUUUAGUACAGUUAAAAAACUUAGUUAUAUGCUUGGGGAUGUGCUGAUUACGGGAAACUUGGUGUCACUAACAAGCUUAAAGAUCUGUUAGCAAAUAGAAAGUUUCAAUAAGAGACAAGAUAUAUUUGGGCAUAAAAAGACAAACAUUCUGAUAGUAUGGAUUAAUUGAGUGGAGGAAAAAAUUUAUUGGGAAUAUACACGUCUUCACCUUAACCUAUUGUUGCCUUGCUUGGAGUAUAGAUAUAAGAUGUUGCACUUGGGAUGGAUCAUUGUCUAGCUCUUUCAUCAGAUGGCACUGUAUAUGCUUGGGGUGAUAAUAGAAAGAAUUAAUUAGGAAUAGACAUUAAAACUAUCUAAGAAAUGGAGGAGUAAGAUGCUGAGAAUGAAGCAGAAAAUAUUGACACUAAGCUAACAUAGAAUAAAUAAGAAUACGUAGGAGUACCAACACCUAUUGAACAAAUAAAUGGCAGAGUGAACUUUGUAUCCUGUGGAUCAUAUACUUCUUUCGCUUCUGUUGAUAUCUCUUGA